AUCCAGCGCAGGGUACCGAAUAUCAGCACCUUCUGCUCCUCAUCGAUCUUCGAAGUAAUUAAGUGAUCAAUUUUCUGUUUCAGACAUUGAAGUUGCAAUUUUUCACUAAGGAGAAAAAAGUAAGGAAGAAACCCAUUUGACGAAGAUAAGAAAAUGUCAGUGGAACCUCCCCAAUUCCAAGAAUCAGCGCGCUGCGAUGUCUGCAAUUGCAGCUUCAACACCUUCAGGCGACGGCACCACUGUAGAUGCUGUGGGAGAACAUUGUGCCAUGAACAUUCAUCCAAUCAAAUGGCUUUACCUCAGUUUGGCAUUUACUCGAAUGUCAGAGUAUGCGCUGAUUGUUUCAACAAUUCGGGAUCGGGGAAGCCUGACCCACAGGUUUCUUCAGAUGGAACACAUACCAUUACAAAUGCAUUUUCCAAACUAGACAUUGAUGCGCAUGUAAAUUCAAAGAUCGCACCAACAGCAGAGAGUAAGGUUGCAGUAGGUAUUAAAGAGUGUAAAUGUGGAAUGCCUCUUUGCAUUUGUGAAGCUCCAGCCCCUUCUUCUGAUGAACAGCCCCAGCAGCACAAGAAAAAAAUCACUCCAGUCAUAACACCUCCAUCAAACCCUAAACCAAAGAAGUCAGAUGUUCCUAAAAGUAGAAGCUCUACAUCAAACAGCAAGUUUAGUUCUUUCAAUCUUGGUCAUGUUUCCCGUGGUGCCUCUGACAGUUCCCUGAUGGACUAUGAAGCUACCGGAGAGGGUUUGAGAGAAGCAAUAAAAAAUGGUGAUGCUGCUUCUGUUAGGAAACUUCUAAAUCAGGGCGUGGAUGCAAAUUACAGGGACAAGCAAGGACUGUCUUUAUUGCAUUUGGCUGCUGUCUUCAAUCAGACUGAUAUAGUUUUCAUUCUCAUGGAUGCUGGGGCAAGCUUAGAAUACAAGAAUGCACAAGGAGAAACACCAUUGGAUUGCGCACCGGCUACCUUGCAAUACAAAAUGCAGAAGAAGAUGGAAGAGAGCAAGGCAACGGAUGCUCAAAGCAAAUGAUAAACAUGUCACUUCCCUAAUUUACUUAUGCUUGGGCUUGGGGAGGCCAAAGCAAGCAUGACACAACACCAGCGUCCCAGACUCCUUUCUUUUGCCCAACAAUACAUUUUGGCUUCUUUAUAAUGCAAAAAAGUGUUUAUUUCCUUUCUUUUGCAAUGACAUGGCUUGGUAUGAAACGAAGAACGUAAAGGAUAUAUAGAACACAUCUUUUUGCACCUCA